AUGGAUUUUGGAUUAGUAGGCUCAAUGUCUGUCUCAGAAAUGAGGAAAAUCAGAGUGAGGGAAAUCGUUUAAAAGGCUGAAAAUGAUGUGAAUAACUAGGUGAUCGGUAACAUAUUCGAGAUGAAUCCGAGCAGGGAGUAGCUUGAUAAUGGGAAAUUCAUCAGCAAAUAUUUUGAUCUCGUUAAUAACAAACAGUAUUAACUACUCUUUUGUCAAUACAAUGAAAGCAUGCUUGGAAAGUUGCAAUACGCUAUGAAAUUCAAGUAACUUGAGAAGGGGGAGCUGCUUUACACAAAGGGGGAUACAUCUCAGUUCUUUUAUUUUGUGCUCAGAGGUAGACUUGAAAUUUUGGUAGAUAAUACUCACAUGCAAGAGGGAGGAGACCAGGACUAGUUCAAGUUUUCAAAGAAUGGCGACGAGAGUGAGUUCUUUGGACUGAGGACAUCAGUGACUGAUUUAAGACAUGAUUACGCACGUGUAGCUAGUGAAAAAGCAGAAGUGCUUAUCAUUGACAAGGAUCUCUACGAGUAGAUAGUUAAAAGGACGUAAUUGUCUGCCAGUGAGCAAAAAAUUGAUUUUUUAGUCAGGUACAUUCCAAAGUUUAGGUCAGUCGCCAGGAAGCUGAUUGAGGAGAUGGAGAUUUUGUUCAUCAAAGAAGUGGCUACUUAGGGCUAUGUGUUCCAGAAGUAAGACGACUAGGAUGAUUAUCUGUACUUUGUUUUCCGAGGAAAAUGUCGCGUGCUUUUGUCUACCGCCACUUAAUUACAUAAUGAGCCUGUGUUCCCAGAAUAAAUUCAGUAAGAUAAAAAUAGAAAAAAUGUGGUUAUCGGCUAUGUGAACAGAGGUGAGUGCUUCGGAGAGCACAGUGCACUAAAUGAUUACCCCAAUCCCUAUACUAUCGAAGUCUUCACAAAGAAGGCUGAGGUUUAUAAAAUCUUAAGAUCGAACUUCGCUCAAUAUUUUGGGGGCCUUCAAGGUGAACCUGUUGAGAGACUUAGAGCUUCUAUUAUUCUUAAGUAAAACUGGCUCAAAUCUAAGUUGGAACUGAUAAAGCAGAUGAGAAUCGAGCAGAUUGCUAACUUAGAGUAUCGAAACGAGUCUGAGCAUGCCAAAUUGAAGCCCACAAGAGAAAUGAUUAAAGAGGUGGCAUACGUUAAAAAUAAUCCAAGAGAAAAAGAAUUAAUCGGGAUAAACGACCAAGCAGCUGAUUAGACUGAGACUAGAUAGGUACCAGCAACUAUGACUGCAAGAUAAAGGGAGAUUGAGAGAUUAAAAAACAGCUUGAUGCAGCCCAUGCCAGGCAAGCCAAUAGGAGGAACUGCCGCAGUCGGAAUUUAAAAGCUUUAAGAUAAUGGACCUGAAGAAAAUAAAUUCUUGAGAAAUAUGGACUGGGGUACUCCCAGACUUGUAACUAAAAAUAGAAAUUUAGUCAUGGACUAAAAUCAACUCAAGCAAAGAAAUUUCUUGCAAAACAUGGCAAUGGAACGAAAGGGAAUAGCUUCAGGUAUUUAAGAAGAAAGGAAAUAAGAUUUUGCACCGGUGUCAGUAAAAAAUUUCAGAGAGAAAAUGCUAUUAGAGGAAAAAUAAGAAAUGGAAAUAGAAUCAAAAGGGGAAAGCUCGUCACAAGGUACUGUAGUGUAAUAACCAGCACCUAUGAGACAAAUGGGCGUUGGUAUUGGAAUGGGUGGUGGAGCAUCAAUGUUUAACAAGAUGAAAAAUAGUAAUGAAGUAGAUAUGAAAAACAAGCUGAAGUCUAAUUUUAAAGGGCUGCCUAUCUGA